UAAGCCUCUGACUUCUUCCCUCUGUACAAAUAUCAUAUUUUCUCUCCGGCCUACUGCAGGUUAAAAACAGGCUUAGCAAGAACACACACACAAAAAUUCCCUGGGCGUGUAGUCAUUAACCUACAUUGCAGAAGAGAUAUUCCUCCAGUGCAGCCUGGUCAUACAGACUCCACCUGCCUGCAAGACACAGGCACACCUCUCCAACUUGUAACCGAGAAUCCAGUCAGCUAGAAGGAAGUAAUCACAGUGAUAGCGCUUUCUUAUAACCCUCAUAUACAGAUGCUGCUUUGGAGAAUUGGAGAUCAAGGCCAAGAGCUAGAAGUUGAAGGACCUUCCUGCCAAAAAGAGAUCAUUUAUGAACUGGACAAUAUAUAUUUUCUCAGAUGAUUUCAGAUUAGUGUAUGUUAAAAUCCAUGAAGCAUAAUGAAGGAUGGCAGUGAUGCUACUGCUGUAUGCAACAGUGGUGGAAAGACUGAGACCGUUCUGCAUGUACCAUCUAGUAUGGACAAUGUCUGCUUAAGAGAUGAGCCUAUAACGUCCCAAUGUCCAUAUGAUGAUGUUAAUACGGAUAAACUAUUGCCGGAGUCCACUAGCACAUGGGGAGACUUCGAAAGUUUUAAUGAAUUUACUCCGCAAUCGGAACAAUUUUACUAUGCAGAUGAAUCAUUCUGUUUGGACUCUUUUGACACUAUGACUUUAACUGGAGAGGACUACACUGAGACAACAGAUGGCCAAGCCAAAUGGGAUGCCUUUAACCUGGAAAAUGUGCUGCAGAGUACAGAGGGGUGUGAAUCUAUAUUUAAAAUGAGCUUUCCAGCUAUGCCUGUGUCAGAGACAAGUGAGGAUGUGACAAACCUGUCUACGCUGAUGACAUCAUCUAAUGAAGAACACCUAUGCAAACUAAUAAGGACUCGUUUAUGGCUGGAUUGUGACCAUUCACAGCAAGGUGGAGAUAUCUUACCUGUAAAAUCUGGAUGGGACUGGCCUAAUUCCAAAGGAUGCAGAGAUCUCAGAUUGCUGCUUGGAACUGGUGCUGAAAAUUUUUCAGACAAUGGAGAGGAGACCAGUGAUGGGGUAAUGAUUACCAAUAUUGAAAGGUUCUCUACAGGUGAUAGUAUGCCCCCUGCUGGCAAUAGAUGUUUAAUACAGACUAAGUUGGAUGUGGUCCCAGGAUCCAAACAGGGCCAUAUUUUUUCAUACCAGUUGUUUUUGAAGAAGUCGACUGAUGUUCCUUUGCCUUUUCUCACUUUUUCUGGAAAGAAAAGUUUUUUCAGUACAAACCAAUUGCGUUUUAAUUUUUAGAUGUUUUUCGUGGAAGGAAAUUUUCUUUAAAUGGUUUAAAAGGUUGUUUUGUGUAAACAACAUAAUAUUUAUACAAUUAAAUUAAAGUACAUAUUUAACUUUU